GGGAAGCUGGCGGACAUCGAGCGGCUGAUCUCCAACGGGAUCAACGUCAACGAGUCAAACUACGACCUGAGGACGGCGCUGCACCUGGCUGCAUGCGAGGGGCACGAGGACGUGGUGAAGUACCUGCUGAGCAAGUCUGCCGACGUCAACUGCCGAGAUCGGCUGGGGAGGACGCCGCUGUGCGACGCGCUCCUGUGCACUGCAGCAGCCAAGGGUGACGUUUCGCAGCUGCGAGCUCUGAUCAGGAACAGCGCAAACCCGGACGCGGCAGACGCGGAUAGGAGGACGGCUCUGCACCUGGCGGCGUCCAACGGGGAGACGACUGUGCUCGACUACCUCCUGCGGCACCUGAAGCGGCCGAUCAACAUCAACCCGGUCGAUCGGCUGGGAGGAACGCCACUC